ACCUCGUCGUCGUCGUCGUCGUCGUCGUCGUCGUCGUCGUCGUCGUCGUCGUCGUCGUCGUCGUCGUCGUCGUCGUCGUCCCGCCGCGGCAGGCGCGCCGCCAGCCGCCAGGCGCACGCGACGCAGAGGCGCGCGCCGCCGCCGCCGCGCAGCGAAGCAUUCGCAGCCAUGCGCCAGCGCCGGCAUCGCAACAGCGCAGCGAGGCCGACCGGCGCCGCCAGGCGCCGAGGCCGCAGCCGCCGCCGAAGCCGCCUCAGCGCAGGCCGGCGCCAAGAGCCGGAGGAGCCGCCCGCGCCGCCGCCGCCGCGGCCGCCAGCCGCCAGAGCCGGCGCGGUGCGCCGGAGCAGGCGCGGAGGCGCCGGCGCCGGCGCGGAGCCGCACGCCGCGCCGCCGACGACGCCGCCGCCGCAGCCGCCGACGCCGGCGCGCGGCCACGCCGCGCAGCCAGGGCGGAGCCGCGCCAGGGCCGCGGCCGCCGCGCACAGCGCCGGCCGCCCGCCGCCGCCAGCGCCACCGCCGCCUGCCAGCGCCGGCAGCCCCAACGCCGCGGCCGCCGCCAGAGAAGGCGCGCCGCCGCCGCCGCCAGCGCCUGGAGCCGCCGCCAGCGCCGGGCCGCCGCGCCGGCGCCGCCGGCGACAGCGCCGCCGCCGCCGGCCGCGCCGCCGCCGCCGACGCGGACAGCGCAGUCCGCCGCCAGGGCGCGGCAGGGCGCCAGGGCGCUGCCGCCGAAGCCAGCGCCGCCGGCCUGCAGCGACACGAGCCACCGCCGCCCAGCGCCGGAGCCCCAAGCCGCGGCCGCGACAGUAG